AUGGAAGUUGAUUCAAGUAAAAUACCGGUAAAUGGCCAAAUUGCUGCAAAUGUUUGUUUGGCGGAUAUUGGGGAAAUAAAUGAAGAAUUAAUCAAAUCAAAAACCAAAAAAGAUUUGAAAGGGAAAGCUGCAGCAGCAAUAAAAAUUUUGAGAUCUUUUAUAAUUUCUAAUGAUUAUGAAGCUGCUGAACGUUUUGUUUCUUCGGUCAAAUUGCCUGAAAGUGCGACAAAUAAUGACUGGGCUCGGUGGUUUUAUUAUUUGGGAUUGAUUGAGGCAAUGAAGGGAAUUAAUUUAAAUAAUUACAAAACGGCUAAAAAAUAUUUUGAAAUUGCUUUGAGAAAGGCGCCGACAAAUGGGGCUAUUGGAUUUAAACAGGAAGUUAAUAAGUGGAUGGUUCUUGUAAUGCUUCUAAUUGGUGAAAUACCCGAAAGAAGUCUUUUUCGUGCGAAAGAAUUUGAAAAAGUUUUGCUUCCUUAUAUGCGCUUGACUAAAGGUUUUUUUCUCAUUAAAAAUUUUCUAAUUUUUUUUCAAGUCGUAAAAUUGGGAGAUGUUGAAGGCUACAAAAAAGUAAAAGAAGAAUUCGAUAUUGAAUUUACUGAACAUAAAACGAUGACUUUAGUUGGACGUAUUCAUCAAAGUGUUAUUCGAACAGCAAUUAGGCAGAUUGCUUUGACUUAUUCUCGUAUUUUUAUUUCUGAUAUGGCUGCUAAAUUACAGUCUCCAACAGUUGAGGAUGCUCAUGAUACAGUUAUGAAAGUUUUUAAAGAAGGAAUUCUUCGUGGUAUGGUUGUCACAAACGAUCCAGAAUUUAAAAAUCAGCCAUAUGUUAAAUUUGGGGAGGCGGAUGAUCAAUAUAGAGGAACUGAGCCACAAAUAGAAUUUGACAAGAGAAUCAAGGAAUUGUUGGAUUUACAUAGUCAUGCAGUUAAGGCUUUGCGUUAUCCGGAUAAUGCUAAUCCAGAGGUUGAAACUAUUGAGGAACAACGUAAACGAGAGCAAGAGGUUUGUAAAAAAAUUUAUUUUUGUUGA